AGCAUCACGACCUUGGUUCAGCUGCCGCCGCUGCCCUCUAGUUUUCCGUCUCUCUCGUCAACCACUGCUAGCAUAAUCAGCGCCUUUUCUGUCUGCUACUACUAGCUCUCAUGAGGCGCACAUCUCUCUUCUGCGUGCUGCUCUGUGGGACGCUCUUCACUGUAUACGGCGGCGCGUCGGCCACAUCAUCAUUUCUCGCGCCAUUGCUGCCUCUUGACGGCGGCGCCGCGGCUUCUGCCGCUUCUAGCACCGCUCAGGCCAGGCCUCUGCUGAGGAAGGGAAAGACAAUCCUGAAAUACGUGGCCAGGUUUUUUCCUACCAAGCGCAACGGAAAAGUGAUCGGCGACAAAGGUGCAUCGGGGAGAUUCGUCGCCAAAGCGAUAAGGUACUCGGAAGUGGUGUACGCCAUCAUUGCAAAGAUCUUAGUCUUGAACAUCAAAUCUGGGGGAGAAACGCCGAUGUUCGGAGGCUCGUCUUCCUGCCUGACUGAUACCUCUGGACCUGAAGACCUUAAUUUCUUGAACAUCACAAGUGACAGGGCUGGCCGUCGCAAGCGGUACAGCUUCAGAUACCUCUACAAGGGAGCCGGCGGCGUGGACGCUGAGGUUCGCAUGCUGGUGCGGGCAAUUUUUGGGAGCAAGAAAUACGUGGCUGUGAUACAUUCAAGUAAUAUGUAUGCACUCUGUGGGAAGGUUAAAAGAGUGGUUUAAGUGGUUCAGCCUGAGGGUGCAACUGCAUUGGGGAUUCAUGCAGGGUUGCGGGCAUUGGAAGCGUGGAACAUGCAUAUGGAUGUGCACCUCUGAAGCUACCUGAUCAAUGUAUCAUUCUUCAGGAAUGAGGAUUGUUGUCUGCUC